GCGGAAAUGACGUUAUGACGCGCGACCUUACGAUGAUAAUUUUUUCUGAGGCGCACAAGAGUUGCGCGUGCGAACUGCGCAGCGCUUAUAAUAUGUAAAAUCGUCUAAUAACCGUUAAAACGGAAGAUGUGUUGAUGUACCGUUCACGUAUAACGUUAUGAGAAGUUGUUUUCGCGCAAGUUCAUAAAUCGUCGGGCGACCGUGGAUCCGGUUAACACGCUCGCGCUCCGUUACCGUGCAGUGGCGGGAUGCACGAGCACAUCGUUACUGAAGAAUCGCCGUGUUUUUAGUUAUUUUAAUGUUAGGUCACGUUUAACACCGCAUCUGAGGUGGUUUAUGUAGUUAUUCGCGCGUAUCCGUUGGUUCGGGUCAGUUGUUGAGCUGUAGUGAUUUAUUCAGGUUGUCUUGUUGACAUAAAAGACGUUGGUUUUGGGUAAGUUUACUUAGUUCAGUUGCAAAUAAAGCUGAAUUUGUUCACACUGGUUCAUGUUUAAAUAAUAUUACGUUGAAAACGCAGAUGUUAGUCAGUUUUGUUGAGGGUAGCCUAACUAGUUACAGAUCAGGUUUAGUUAGUCAAGCUUGGGUGUUAGAUUUGAUGGUUUCGGUUGAAAGCACAGGUGCAUGAGGUCACGAAGCUGUCAGUUCAGGUUAAAAUCACAAGUGGGCCAGGUUAGGUUUAUUUUCGUUCAGGUGUAAGUCACAGGUGUGUGUCUGCUGUGAUGGCUAAAGGUGAAAGUAAAAGAUCAGGCACAGAAGAGCCUCAUCCAAUCAGCCGCACCGAAUCUGAAGUGUUUGACGAUGGAACCAACACCUUCUUCUGGCGAGCACAUACCUUGACAGUACUGUUCAUCCUGACAUGUGCUUUAGUUUAUGUGACACUAUUGGAGGAGACGCCACAUGAUACAGCGUACAACACUAAAAGAGGUAUUGUGGCCAGUAUCCUGGUGUUCCUUUGCUUUGGCGUAACACAAGCUAAAGAUGGUCCCUUCACACGCCCUCACCCAGCAUACUGGCGUUUCUGGCUGUGUGUGUCUGUCGUCUACGAGCUCUUCCUCAUCUUCAUCCUCUUCCAGACUGUUCAUGACGGAAGGCAAUUUAUGAAAUACAUCGACCCAAAGUUGGGCGUCCCACUUCCAGAAAGAGACUAUGGAGGAAACUGUCUCAUUUAUGAUCCUGGAAACACUACCGAUCCCUUCCACAAUAUCUGGGACAAAAUGGACGGAUUCGUUCCUGCUCAUUUUCUCGGCUGGUACAUCAAGACGCUGGUGAUUAGGGACUGGUGGAUGUGUAUGAUCAUAAGCGUGAUGUUCGAGUUUUUGGAAUACAGCCUUGAACACCAGCUACCCAACUUCUCAGAGUGCUGGUGGGACCAUUGGAUCAUGGAUGUGUUGAUAUGCAAUGGCAUGGGCAUUUAUUGUGGCAUGAAGACCCUCGGCUGGCUGUCCAUGAAACCGUAUCAGUGGCAGGGAUUGUGGAAUAUCCCAACAUACAAGGGAAAAAUCAAGCGUAUUGCUUUCCAGUUCACCCCUUACAGCUGGGUGAAGUUUGAAUGGCGUCCUGCGUCUAACCUGCGCAGGUGGUUGGCGGUGUUGGGCAUCAUUUUUAUGUUCUUGUUGGCGGAGUUGAAUACGUUUUAUCUAAAGUUUGUGUUGUGGAUGCCUCCCGAGCAUUACUUGGUGCUUUUACGACUGGUCUUCUUCGUAAAUGUGGGUGGAGUGGGCAUGCGAGAGAUUUACGACUUCAUGGACGAUGGGAAAUUUCAUAAGAAAUUGGGACAGCAGGCGUGGAUCGUCUCCACAAUCACUGUAACAGAAUUUCUGAUCGUUGUCAAAUACGAUCCCAAAACCAUCAUGCUGCCAAUCCCUUUCUUCGUCACUCAGUGUUGGAUACUUGGAAUCGUUCUCAUCCUCACUUGGACCCUCUGGCGAUUCUUCAUACGUGACAUCACGCUACGAUACAAAGAAACACGUCGGCGUCAACAGGAAGGGUCCACGGAGCGGGAGAGAUCCCCUGGAAACGCAGACAAAAACACCGGCAGUUCGGCCACAUCUGGCCGCAGCAAACUAAACGGCAACUCGGACACAGCCCGGCACAGGAAGUCGUGAAUUCAUCGCAUGAGCCGCGUUCUUGCUGCGUAUAGCCACUGGACACGUUUUUGUGUAAAUGUGUUAUUUGUAACCCCUGUUCAGAGCCCGCCACCGCUCACGGGUGUCUGUUGGUCUGCAUCCAGAUGAGCCGAGGUUAAUAUUUCUUUCUCCUGCUUAGGAGAGUCGUCGUGUAUUUAGGAAAAAUAAUCUAUAGCUGUUACAUAGGUGAAGCGUUUAGGUUCGGGUUCCACUGUCACUCCGGUGUUGGGUUUAUUUUUCGUUGAUUUGGUGCUAUGCUAGACACUACGUGUUGACACUAUGCAGUGAACCAAAAGAAGUGAACACUCAGCCAACUAAGAUUUAAAUAAUCUGCGUUUGAUUUCUGUACAUUUACGGUAAAUAAUAAAUUAUUAGACAUCUGUCUGUUACACAGGAGAGAGUUUUAGGACCAACAUCUCUGACCUCCCACGUGAUCUGUUGUACUAUUUAAAAAAAAUGCUUGAGAAUGUAACUUUUAAUUUAAUCCGUUGUAUCCUUAUGCCAAUGCUAAUGAAGGUGAGCGUAUCUGCGACACGAGCACGUCACACACUAAGAAAAGAGGACAAUCUCAAUUUCAGGAUGGACCAAAUUCUGACUUUCUGCUUGCAUGCAUGAGACCAAAACGGCUCAAAUGCUCACCUGGCUGAUGCUUGUAGUCCGGUUUUGUUUUCUUUGCGGCAAAGCUUAACAGUACCAAACACACUACAGCUAAUGCUGUAUUUGUAAAGCUGCUAAAUGUCCUGUACGUCGCAGUGGGUAGGUUGUGUUGUGAUGAUGACGCGUGUCUGAUAGAUAAUGUCCAAAACUGAUGUAUCUAAUGUAUCAAUGCCAAUAUACUCUCUUACUGUGAAUGUAAUCGUGUAGCACCUGUUCUACUUAAGCGCCAAUCCCUCAGAUGUCUCGUAUCAUGUUACUGAAGGUGUUAGGGGUCAACUUUUGAUUUGAUUUUAAGGGUGAUCGUACAAACGGUAAAUGUUCUCAUUUAAAUUGUGAUCAGUUUCUAUCUCUUUAAAACAUUGUAGUGGGACCAUUUGAUGAUCUGCUUGCCUCUGCUUAUAGUAGUUUAUGUAAAUACUUCAAAUGAGAAGUAUAAAACUGAAAGGUCAUAUUUUAUAUUGUUUUCAGUAAAUAAAGGGGUGGUUUUUCCCCGCUGUGUUUUGAA